ACAGCUGCACCAGAAGCUCAGAUCACAUUAUCUUAUCAUCGGCAACGCCAAGCAAUGCAAGCUGCAGCCAUGGCAGCACAUACUAUCGUCACUGCUUCCCCUUCCCACCAUACCUUUCUCUCCCCAUUCCCAAGCCGUAACCUACCUUGCGUUCAAUCUACAUUCAGGGGUCUUCCUCUCAGGCUCCCCCGUCAGUCUCUGUCCAUCUCCGUCGCUGCUCCAAAAAGGUCUCUUGCUAUAGUUGCUGCCACCAAGAAAGCAGUCGCCGUCCUCAAAGGUGAUUCUAAAGUGGAAGGGGUCGUCACGUUGACCCAGGAAGAUGAUGGUCCAACCACUGUCAAUGUUUGUAUUACUGGACUUACUCCUGGGCCUCAUGGGUUCCAUCUACAUGAGUUUGGUGACACAACAAAUGGAUGCAUGUCAACUGGAGCACAUUUCAAUCCUAACAACAUGACACAUGGUGCUCCUGAGGAUGAAAUCCGUCAUGCGGGUGACCUGGGAAACAUAAUAGCCAAUGCUGAUGGAGUAGCAGAGGCCAAAAUUGUGGAUAACCAGAUACCACUUAGUGGUCCCAACGCAGUUAUUGGAAGAGCACUGGUGGUUCAUGAGCUUGUGGAUGAUCUUGGAAAGGGUGGGCAUGAACUUAGUCUUACCACUGGCAAUGCAGGUGGAAGAUUAGCCUGUGGUGUUGUUGGUUUGACUCCAGUGUAGCUCUCUUCUGGACUAGCAUUAUUAGUCACUUGCUUUCACCGUUUCUCUCAUAGAGCAAGAUGUUCCCACUAAAGACUGUCAUGUAAAAUUACGGACGUAGCAAGUGUCAGGAAAAUAUGUUUGCAUUGAUUGGUCUUUGUUUACCAUCAUUUCCUACUGAAUAAAGCUUGUGGUUGUGGAUAUGAUGUGCUAUGGUUGUGAAUGUGAACAAGUGGUUAUGCUUGCAGACCUCAAUCUUUGUCACCAAGCGUGUGAAUGCAAUAUAGAACUUACUUCUAAUUUUGUUUACUUGAAUUGAAUUAUUACUUUAGUUCCUUCUUUCUUGUAGACUUUCAAAUAGGAUAAGCUGUUAUUCUCGGCCAGUGAUAGCCUAUUGGCUAGAUAAUGUUGCCUAUCUCUAUGUAUCAUUAAAGUAAUUUGGAAUCAAAUCUUAUCUUCAACAUGGAUUUGAAGGAUUAAUCAAUUAAAUCGAUGGAGGCAAUUAAGUGUGAGGUUCAAGUGGAGUGAGUGAAAACAGUGCAAGUCCUAAUUAGCAUUUGAGUUGGCACAGGGUCAUUGUCUUUGAAGGUUUCUAGUCUUCUAUUUCUUCAGUGUGUUAUGCAUUAGUUACAACUUCCAAGCAUUACUAACACUCAAAGUCAUGACUGUUCUCAC